GCAUAUGCGUUUCACUCGUUUAGUUUUACUUGCACAAUAUUCGUUUAGGUAAAUAAAUAUGGACAAAGGUGUGCCACCGGAUCUUCAAAAAUGGUUGAGAAAAUGUUUGAAGAAAGAGUUCGGAAAAACCAUACAGAGCGCUAUAGACAAAGAACAGGUACCUAGCGAGAUCGCUUACAGGCUCUCGCAUUCAAAAGACAUGACUAUUCUACUGAAUUCUAUGAGAAAGGCGAUCACCGAACAAUAUGUAAUGGUAAAACCCACAUCCGCAGCGUCGCAAUCACAAUCUUUGCUCUCCUUUACCAGCGACCUCGCAGCGGACGAUUGGGCCUCCCCGCAGGGAAACGGAGAAGAGUACAAUUGCAUUAUCGACAAGAUCAGUCGCGACAAACCGGUCCACGUGAGAUUGGCUGGCUAUGAGAUCUUAUUAAAAAUCGAAUUGUCCAACAUAAAUAACAGUUCGCAGUGGGACGUUUUCCAGAAGACGCUGCUGGACGGUCUCACAGACGACAACAGAGCUAUAUUCGAGGCCAGCAUGCAGGUACACGCUAAGCUGCUGAACUACUCGCAGCUGUAUACCUACGGCAAUCUGCUAAGCGCGUUCAACGCGCAAUAUCAUUCGCAGAAAGUGCGUGAGACCCUACCAACUCUGAUCUCCGGAAUUAAUUUCAAGUUCUUCCUGCAUGAGAAAUUAUUUCGCAUAAUGCACCUGAUAAUCCGCUAUCAGGAGGAAAUGUUAAAAAACACUAGGCACAGUGACAAGACUAUUGAAGAAGUUAUAGAGCAAUUUAUAGUAUUUUUUAGUACGCACAGCUUUGGUAGCUCGUUGCAACCCAAAACCUUGAACGUACUGAAUAUAAUCUCGGUAUUGGAGCCGCAGGCAAAAUGGAGCAAGAGGUGGCUUCAUAGUCUUUCUACCAGAAGGACUUUUAUCGCUGUUUUGGCGAAAUCUCCUAUGUUCCUGCAGAACGUCGUUGAAUGCGUUCAAAGCGGUUUAGCGGAGGCACCCUGUUCCUUGUCCAUCUCCAUCAUGGACGAGAACAAUGAGCUGUGUAUUUCCGGAAAUACGAUAGAAACCGCAACUUAUCUACAUUGUUUGACCUUUGUCUCGCAGCUCUGCAGCUACGAAGCAGGCAGAAAGUUGCUAGCGGAGAAUUCGUUGAAAACACCAUUUGACGUGGCUGAUUUCUUGAUGAAAUUGUUGAACUCCUUGAAUAAGUUAAUAACGGAAGCACCGAGUGGAGUGUACAACACUUCCUGCAAUGCUCUUCAAAAUAUACUCAAUGUUUCGGACGUGUUAUACAAUAAUGAAUUUUACCACGCGGCAUUAUGCCGUUUGACAUCUCUUUCUGAAAAUAAUAUAAAGAUUUGGCCGCACAUUUUAAGUAUUAUUUCUCAUAUGAUAGACACGGUAGAUGGUCCGACAUUUUUGACUACAAGUUGCAAAGAGCAUUCGACAAAUUCCGAAAAUGUACUGUCGAAGUGUCCAGUUGCGAUCGUAAUACAGUACGCGUCGAAUUUAUUGAAACAGCCAUUUUCCAUCAUGGAUAUAAAAUAUAUACUGAGUUUGUUUAAUCUGGUAGAAAAAUUAUUCAACGUGUACGACGUUUACGAGGCUGCGCAGGAAGAGAUCGAAACGCGCUUCUAUCCAACCAUUGCUAAUUUUUACAAAAGAUUAAACAAAUGCAAUGUUGAGAACGAAAAUAAAAUUCAGCAACUCGAUGGCGCUAUCAAAAAAAUUUUACUGAAAAUGGUAUCGAUACCACUCGGGUUGCAAGCGCUCGUCAAUGAGAAAUUGGUAUUUGUGGAACUGAUUCGCGGAUCAAUCGCUCCUCUAAGAGUAAUUUGGAGUUUUACCGAUAUAAGUAGCUUUAUCUCGUCGGCUGGUUACUUUGACCUGGGCUACAAUGUGCUCGCAGAUCUCGGAUCCCAUGUCCUAUCGACGUUGCUGUCGCAAACUUGCACAAACGCAGAGGAUCCCAGAUUCUUUCAUGAUCCUUGGGACAGAGAGAACGUUGACGAAUUUCUGCACAUACUUACAUUAUUUUCUCUUAAUUUUAAUUGUUUCGCCGCAUUUAUGGUGAAUGAUAACGAAUCAGAUAAUGACGAAGAAAAGAAUUAUCCAUCGAAUUUAUUUGAAUUACUACAGACUGCGAUAAAUGUAGAUUCAACUCACCAUCAUUUGGCUCUUCUAUCGUUAAAUACAGUAAUUUGGAACCUAGACGUUUGCGCCUAUUUAUUAAAUUUAUUGAAUUUCCAAGAAGCGCUAUUAGAUAUUCAGAAAGACAGCAUAAUUAUGAUUGAAGUUCGCAAAGAACAAACCGAUGAUGAAAGUGAUUACGAAAAGCCAGAGGACGAUGAUAAUAAUAAACCAGAGUCGACGAAGGAAUAUAUAAUUGACGAUUCCAGUUAUUUGCGACAUAAUAUUUUAUUAAAAUCAUAUUAUACGACAUAUAAAAGAAAACAAUAUGUGAUACCGUUUGAAGAAUAUGAACUUUUCUCGGAAUAUCCACCUCCCCGAAUAUACGCAGAUAUGAUUGACUUCCGAGAAAUCGAAUAUGAUUCGGAGUUGACUGAUAUGUUGCAGGAGGAGAGGCCCGGAUUGCUUGACAUUAGUUGGGUUGCGCAAGUUAGGGCAGCGCAUAAAGCUUCGCGAGGCCCGAUUAAAAAUUCGAUGAUGAUAAACUUGUUAAAUCAAAUGCACAAAGCCAUUCCAACUGCAGAAUGGGUGGAGCAAUUUGAGUGGCAAGAGAACAUAACGUACGACACAGACUAUUGGUUACCAGAAGAUAUGUGCGCUAUUAAUAUUGUUUUAAAUUAUGCCGAACAACGUGAGAUUUUAAAGAACAAUGAUGACAGUCAGAAGAAUUUAAAACAAUUCAUUCAUUCUGCCUACAUAUUAAUACAGUACAAUAAACCAAGCAGGUUCGAAGGUUUCGAUUGGUUCUUAGCAACAGUGUUCAUUAUCUGUGAAGGCAAUUUGAAUAAAUGUAAAACUUUUAUUAUGCAAUUAAUUCAAUUUCCAUCAACUCUGCUUCUCUGGCCAAAAUUGGGUAAAGUUAUUGAUGAUAAAAACAACGAAGGCACCAGUUCACAGUUCACUUUUAUGCAAGUUUUAGAAACUAUGAUCAAUAUCGAGCUUCCAAACAUCAAAUAUGGAUUGAAGGUAACUGAAUUUUAUCGUUUAAAGAAUUUAUCUAAUUUAGUUUAUAUAAUAAUAUAUAUACACUGUAACAUAUUCUGUUUCUUACAAACAAAGGAUGUCUUCGGUAUAGAUUGGUGGAUGAUAUUCAAUAGAAUGUUAACGCAAUGCUUCUGGGGAAUUCUUUCAUGGAGUGAAAUAGUUCAUUUCUUUGCAAUUUGCAUUUUAUACCCGUCCGAUUAUAUGGUAUAUUAUUCCGUAUCACUUUUGCAAUUUUGCCAGGAAGAGUUGUUGCAGGACUUAGCAAACAGAAAAAUGUGGCCGGAAAAUAUGGUAUUGGACGAGUAUCGCUGUCAUAAUUACAUUACGUACAUGGAUAAUUUAGGUCAACGCUAUAGAAAUCGGGUUUUACCAGCAAUGACUAAAAAUUUGAAUUCAGAAGAUGAAAUAUAGAUCACGUAUUUUGUCUCACAAAUCUUGCUUAAAAAAUAAAAAAAAAA